AUGAAUGGUAAAAAUGCGUCACCAAAAACUAAUGAAAAUCCAUGGGAUGAAUUCUUUGCGCCAAUUUGGGAAUCAGCAACGCCAAAGCAACGUACUCGUCCAUCUAACGGUAAAGAUGUGCCAGUAGGAAGUAUUAAAUCACAAGGAAGUAUUAAAUCACAAGGAAGUGCUAACUUAAAGAAGAUUGGGGGUAAAUCUGUUUCUCCUGUUUUGAAGAAGCUCGAGCCGUCUAUAAACAAAUCUGUGUCAAUCAUUAAGUCUAAGAAAAUAUCUGAACUACCCGGCAACAAAGUAAAUAAAAGUAUCAAUAAAGAUAACAGAACUAUUAAUCGAUUAAAUGACAUGUCACAUAAUGACGUUUCAAAAGUCGAUUUACGAAGAAAGGCUGUACCGGAUCUUUCACUCAAGUAUCCAAAGGCCGUACCCUGCUCACUUGAAGAAAUUAUUGGCGAACCUAUUUUUCCAAAUUCUAAAAAACCGGAUCCUGAUAUUAAAAUACCUAGUAGUAGUAAAAAAGAAGAUAUUAGUAGAAGAGAGAAUGGCCGUAGUAAAAAAGAGGAUAACAAUAGUAAAAAAGAGGAUAGCGGUGGUAAAAAAGAGGAUAGCAGUGGUAAAAAAGAAGAUAUUAGUAGAAGAGAGAAUGGCCGUAGUAAAAAAGAGGAUAACAAUAGCAAAAAAGAGGAUAGCAGUGGUAAAAAAGAGGAUGGCAGUGGUAAAAAAGAGUAUAGUAUUAGUAAAAAAGAGUAUAGUAAUGGUAAAAAAGAGUAUAAUAAUGGUAAAAAAGAGGAAAGUGCCUCCGUUUCUACUCACCACAAGCCUAAAGAUUUAACUCAUUUAAAGACACUUAAAGACUAUCAACGUGAAGCAGAGGCAAUGGGCCACAAAUUACCAUCAGAGCGAGAUCCUCCAAAUACAAUAUAUUAUCCUCGUAUAAAGCGUCUUCUAGAUCCUGCUUCACUCAAAUUACCUAUUACGAACCCUAACCAUCCUAUGAACGUGAUUAAAUACCUUUCCACGGUGCCACCACGACCAAGUCCUGUUCAAUUGAAUAAGCUAGCACGAACCCAAAAUUCCAAUUUUGUCACCAAUAAAUCAGCCUCAAAGUUUGCAACUCAAAGUCAAAUACAUCGUCCAUCAAUUGAGAAAAAAGUCACUAGUUUAUCCAAAACCAGUUUAGAUGCUCGCCGAACUUCUUCCAAAUCAAUCACUGAAUUACACAAGACAUCUAAUAUUAAGGGUGAUAAGCGUACACCACGAGAAUUGUCUAUUGCCCGUGAUUCACCACAAGCUAGAGAUAAGAUACAUUUAGUGCGUAAGGAAUUAUUACAAUCUACAGGCAGAAAACGUAUAGCGCAUGAAGAGUACCCAGUUCGCGAUCCUUCUAAUAUCAAAAGAAGAUUAACUAAUAAUACUCUGUCACCCACACAACAAAUGAGCAAGAAACGAACAAUGCAUCUUUCACCUGAGCCGUCUCGUCCUUCUAAACGUCAGCAUAUAAGAAAUCGUGAAGAUAAUAUUGAUGAAACGAAUGUGUCAUCUAUUAUUCAAUCAAUUUUCAGACGUAAUCGUCCUGAAGAUGAAGAGCAAGAACGGCUCGACCAACAAAGGCGUCUUCUUAAGGCAAAAAGGCAUAGAUAA